AUGAACAACCCAGAAGCGAGGGCUUCAGACAUGCAGUCUCUGUUCUCAGGUUUUGUACUUGACCCUGAAAAGUGUAGCAGGCUAAGCUUGGGAGAGAAGAGAGAACUAGUUCAUGAGAUUGCCCAAUGGUCAAAAGAUGCCCCAGGAAUCCUUAGUUCGUUUACUCGUAAGGAGCUUCUUGAAAUUAUCUGUGCCGAAAUGGGUAAGGAGAGGAAGUACAGAGGAUAUACAAAACCUAAAAUGAUAGCACAGCUUUUAAAGGUAGUAUCUGAGAAAUCUAAGAGUACUACUAAAAGCUCUCCUGCAUUUUCUCUGGCCAAAAAUCAAACGGGAAAGAAAAGGAAAAGGGACGUAGAAGCUUCCUUUCAACCACUCACUGGCCCAGGUAAUGUUUCUCCUGUGACUAGUCAAGAAGGACACCCUAAAUUCCAAGUCUGUCAGAAUGUAGCUUGCAGAGCUGCCUUAGGGUCAGAGGAGUCUUUUUGCAAGAGAUGUUCUUGCUGUAUCUGUCAUCUUUUCGAUGAUAACAAGGACCCUAGUCUAUGGUUGACCUGUGGCUCUGAUACUGCUGAUGAGAAUGGUCCUUGUGGAAUUUCAUGCCAUCUGGAGUGUGCUCUAAAGCAUGACAAAGCUGGCAUUAUGAAGAAUGGUUGCUGCCUAGAGUUGGAUGGAAGCUUCUAUUGCAUUGCUUGUGGAAAGGUUAAUGAUUUAAUGAGAACCUGGAGAAAGCAAUUAAUGAUUGCAAAGGAGGCCAGAAGAGUGGAUGUACUGUGUCUACGAAUUUCUCUAUCUUACAAAAUUCUUUCAGGAACGGAGAAAUACCAGAAACUACAGAACACUUUAGAAACUGCUAUUAAAAAGCUGAAGAUUGAAGUAGGCCCACUGGAGCAGGUCUGUGCAAAGAUGGCGCGUGGAAUUGUUAACAGGCUCUCUUGUGGUGCUGAUGUUCAGAAGUUGUGCAAUUCUGCAGUGGAAUAUUUUGAUUCAAUGUUUUCUGAUCCUUGCCCUGUCCAUGUGGAAAAGGAAGAGCGAGCAACUUGCCGCAUUCGGUUUGAAGACUCAACCCCUACUUCUGUUGUCAUCGUGCUAGAAUAUGAGGAUAAUCUUUUUAACAACUUCUUGGGUUGCAGGCUGUGGCAUCGUAAGUUUGAUAUUAAGGAUUAUCCAGACCAACCCUCUUUCAUUGUUUUGAGGCCAGAGAAGAAAUUUACUCUCACCAAUCUCCAUCCCUCAGCUGAAUAUUUCUGCAAGGUUUCUUUGUUUAGCAACGCAGGAGUAUUGGGUGUUUGGGAAGCUAAAUGGGUCACACCUGCAUUGUAUGAUAGCUCUGUUAUGUUAGAGAAUCAGAGAAGGGAAGAUAAUAUAGCAGUUGUUCAAAAUCAUUCCCAAGAAGAAUCAACCAAUUCUAGUGACAUCAAAUUAGCUUCUGGAGACCAUACUACGAAGCAUCAAUCCUCGAAUGGCAUCAACAAGAACCAGAGCAAAAGGCUCUACUCACUGCCUUCUCUAACAGAAACUGCUUCUUUGAUCAAAGCAGUUUCUCCAUUGACACCUUGUAAAUCCAACGGAAUGCGUAAAGUACCAGGUUUCAGGUGUACAAAGCGAGCAGAGGAAAGUGAUUACGAAUACUCAGUGAGAGCAAUCAAAUGGCUAGAGCAUGAGGGCAACAUAGAUGAAGAUUUUAGAGUAAAAUUUCUUACUUGGUUCAGUCUGAAAGCUAAUAUGCAAGAACGAAGAGUGGUCAGAGUAUUUGUGGACACGUUCACUGAUGAUCCAUCAAGCUUGGCUGGGCAGCUCAUCCAUAGCUUUGGGGAUAAGAUUUGCUGUCCCCAAAAGAAUGACCAAUUUUUUAGCAUUGGUCUUACACAAGGUUGUGCCAUCAAAUUUUGA